AUAAACGAAUAUAGACCUUGAAAUUAUUAUUGUACAUUAUAUUAUAUUAUAUCGAUGCAUUCGCGUCGAUCUAAUUAUGGCGAGCAAAGUAACCCCGAAAACUGCUAUCGCGUUUACAAAAGUGAUAAUCGCCUUGUCCUUUACGUGGCCACUUUCAAAGAGCGCCAGUAAAUUUCAAGUAAUACGCUUUAAAAUUCUACGCUCUUUACUCUGCGUGAAUGCGGUGAUAUUGAUUGUGCCUGUAUCGUACACCCUUUAUCACAAUGACUACGAUCUACCAAAGAUAACGAAGAUAUGGUGCUUACUGGGUGCCUUUAUACAAAUCCCUCUGGAGAUAACACAAUGCGCACUGCAAUAUGAUCGACUGCAAUAUUUGAUUUCGGAAAUGGAGCAUAAUUUUGAAUACGCGAAACCGUACGAGGAAAUGCUCUACCAACAGUACGUCGAUAGAUGCGCGAUGUUUUACGCGAGCUCCACAGCGGCAGUCUUUCUCGGCGCGUUUAUAGCAGGAAUCACACCGCUGAUAGCGGCCAAUCAGAUCUUUCCGACAGAUGCAAAGUAUCCUUUCGACGUGGAACGUGAACCGGUGAAGACUAUUAUCUUUUUGCAUCAGUUCGUCGCUGUUUGGCAGUGUUUCUCCAUCGUUUGCCAUUGUAGCUUUGUCGGUCUUCUCAUAUGGUUUGCCGCGGCGCGUUUCGAAAUCUUGUCGCAACAGUUUCGUACGGUCACCGACAUCUACGGCAUCACCGUGUGUGUACGGCAGCACGUGAAAUUGUUGAGAUAUGCUCAAGAAGUAAUAAUUGCUUUUCGUUCAGUGAUAUUAUCAAUAAUAAUUGUUUGUACGUGGGUGAUUGUGGCUAGUGGCCUAACAAUUGUAAGCCAAAGUACGUUAACGGACAAGGUACAAUUCAUGAUUCUAUGCAUAGCUGGACUUAUGGAAGUUUAUGCAUGUGCUUGGCCAGCCGAUCAUUUAAUAGUUGCGAGCACCAAUGUUGCGCAAGCAAUUUACGAAUCGCUGUGGUACAAUCAAGACAAGGCUUUUCAAAAAAAUUUAUGUUUUAUCUUGCUAAGGAGUCAAACGCCAACCACCAUCUCUGUUUCUUUCCUUCCAGCUUUAUCAUUACAAUAUUAUGCGUCGUAUGUAUCAACAGUUUUUUCUUAUUUAAUGACGUUGCGAAUGAUAUUUGUGGUGGACAGUGGAGUCAAGAAUUAAAUUUUAAAUCUGCAUAAAUUUCUCCA